GAGCGGGGAGAGUCCGGGAGGACAGCGGGCGCUGGUGACUUGUGUGCGGGGGGGGAGGCGGUGCUGGUGGCGGCGGCGGCCAUGUCCUCCAUUCUGCCCUUCACUCCCCCCAUUGUGAAGCGGCUGCUGGGCUGGAAGAAGGGGGAGCAGAACGGCCAGGAGGAGAAGUGGUGUGAGAAGGCGGUGAAGAGUUUGGUGAAGAAGCUGAAGAAGAGCGGACAGCUGGAGGAGCUGGAGAAAGCGCUGACUACCCAGAGCAUCUCCACCAAGUGUAUCACUAUACCCAGGUCUCUAGAUGGGAGGCUCCAAGUAUCACACCGCAAAGGUCUGCCUCAUGUCAUAUAUUGCCGUCUUUGGAGGUGGCCAGAUCUUCACAGCCACCACGAACUACGUGCCGUGGAGAUGUGCGAAUAUGCUUUCAACAUGAAGAAGGAUGAAGUCUGCGUCAAUCCAUAUCACUACCAGAGAGUGGAGACUCCAGUUCUGCCCCCAGUAUUAGUGCCACGGAACACCGAGAUUCCUGCGGAGUUUCCUCCUCUCGAUGAUUACAGCCAUUCCAUUCCGGAGAACACCAACUUUCCAGCCGGCAUUGAGCCACAGAUCAACUACAUUCCAGAAACUCCGCCUCCGGGUUACCUGAGUGAAGAUGGAGAAACCAGCGAUCAGAUGAAUCACAGCAUAGACUCGGGGUCACCAAAUCUAUCUCCCAACUCCAUGUCUCCGGCACACAGUAACAUGGAUCUUCAGCCUGUAACGUAUUGUGAGCCGGCCUUCUGGUGCUCCAUCUCCUACUAUGAACUCAACCAGCGGGUCGGGGAAACCUUUCACGCCUCCCAACCUUCCAUGACGGUGGAUGGAUUCACAGACCCUUCCAACUCGGAGCGCUUCUGCCUGGGGCUUCUCUCCAACGUCAACCGCAACGCCGCGGUGGAACUGACCCGGCGACACAUAGGUAGAGGAGUGCGCCUGUACUACAUUGGCGGCGAGGUGUUUGCCGAAUGCCUUAGCGACAGCGCGAUCUUUGUACAGUCCCCGAACUGUAACCAGCGGUAUGGUUGGCACCCCGCUACUGUAUGCAAGAUCCCUCCAGGGUGUAAUUUGAAGAUCUUUAAUAAUCAGGAGUUCGCCGCCCUCUUGGCGCAAUCGGUAAACCAGGGAUUUGAGGCCGUGUAUCAGCUGACCAGGAUGUGUACUAUACGGAUGAGCUUCGUCAAGGGAUGGGGAGCUGAAUACAGGCGCCAGACGGUGACCAGCACACCCUGUUGGAUCGAGCUGCAUUUGAACGGUCCGCUGCAGUGGCUCGAUAAAGUUCUGACACAAAUGGGCUCUCCAAGUAUUCGCUGCUCCAGCGUCUCGUAGGCCAGCAUGUCCAGGUCACAUGAUCUCACCGACCUGGAGAAUCCCGAUAUCAACCAAGCACAGAGCAAGAUCCCAGCACACUGGCUGCCAUCCCAACAUAAGAUCUUCCCGACGAUCACGUGACAGAACGCGGGAUGUCAGCCCCUAAAGUCUUCUCUGUGCGGAGCUAUGACAGUACACCGAUCUGGAACACUCAGCCAAUUUACACGGUGCAGUACCUGGCUCUGAGCACCCAGCAUUACCACCACAACACAGAGGCAGCUGCUGUUCUCCAUUUUUUUAUUAUUAUCGCUGAUAAUAAGCACAGGUCCAUAUAUAACACUGAGAAAAAACAGUGCUGAUAGACAAUUCAUCAAACUUGACCGGUAAACUUGGGAAAGUCUCUGAAAGCCAGUGAAAAAGAAGAGUCUCACGUUUUACGAUACAGGGUACAGUUUUUACAAAAGUUCUCAAAAACUUCUCAUCUAUGGAUUCAUUGGCUCCGAUCUCCCCAGAGAUGCGGCCAUGCCUUUCACACGUCAACCCUGUCAUGAACCUUCCCAACAUUGGUGACUUGUUCCUUUCCUUCUGGACUAUUCUCUUUGAUUUUUAUGUCCCCUGUGCUAUAUAGAUAGUUAUUCUAUAGUCAGUCUGUUAAAUACAUAUCUUACACGUGGGGCCGGUGUCUACAGAGGGCUCACAGCAGCAUUACUUGGGUAGGAGCUCCCAGAAAGCAGGUAAAUCGGCUCCGAAUUCGACAACUGGAGAAGCAACGUUCAUUCUUAAAGUGUUUGUUAUAUGUGUAUAUUAUUGUAUACCCCGUCUGAGCAUGAAGCCUGCUGCUAUACAGGUACAUCUCACUAAAGCCAGCGUAUGGAGCCUAUGACUUCUUUCCUACCCCAACAUGACGAGACCUGGUUCCAAUUUUUCUGGAUACCAUAUUGUUAUUGAUCAUAAGGCAGCCAUUCUCAACUAGGGUUUCUCCACAGGUUGCUUAGGGGUUCCUUGAACUGUGACUGGUUGCCCUCCUAUUUGAUGGUGAGACCAUAGUUCCAGGGCCAACUCCACUUGGCCAGGUCGGCUGCAUGAAUUCACUGAUUGACCUCCCGUUUGAUGGUGCCUCCAUAGUUCUAGGGCCAACUCCACCUGGUCGAGCUGGCGGCAUGGACCCAUUGAGUGACCACCUGGUUGAUGGUGCCUCCAUAGUUCCAGGGCCAACUCCACUUGGCCGAGUUGGCUGCAUGGACCCAUUGAGUGACCACCUGUUUGAUGGUGCCUCCAUAGUUCCAGGGCCAACUCCACUUGGCCAAGCCGGCUGCAUGGACCUCCCGUUUGAUGGUGCCUCCAUAAUUCCAGGGCCAACUCCACCUGGCCGAGCCGGCUGCAUGGACCCAUUGAGUGACCACCGGUUUGAUGGUGAGACCAUAGUUCCAGGGCCAGCUGCAUGGACCCAUUGAGUGAUCUCCCGUUUGAUGGUGCCUCCAUAGUUCCAGGGCCAACUCCACCUGGCCGAGCUGGCUGCAUGGACCCAUUGAGUGACCACCUGUUGGAUGGUGCCUCCAAAGUUCCAGGGCCAACUCCACCUGGCCAAGCCGGCUGCAUGGACCCAUUGAGUGACCUCCUGUUGGAUGGUGCUUCCAUAAUUCCAGGGCCAAUGCCACCUGGGUGAGCCGGCUGCAUGGACCCAUUGAGUGACCACCUGUUUGAUGGUGCCUCCAUAGUUCCAGGGCCAAC